CGGAAGCGAAACUUUCAUCAUGCGGGCCCCGCCACCACCAACCACACGGGGGCGCUCAAAAGGGAGAGAUUUCUUUUUCUCGCCCCUCCCUCAACUUUCAUAACCGCUUUUCCCCUCACACACACUGACACACAAUUUAUCCCUCCCAUCCUCUGCUCUCCGCAUAUUUCACUUUCUCUUCAGUCUUCUCCUCCAAUCACAAACUCCAUUUCCAACUCUGCUCAGAAAAUGACGAAGCUCAGAUCAGGAAGAAACCUCCGCUCUAAGAUGACGACUGACCUGCUGCCUCCAGCAGCUGCGCCACUGAAGAAGAAGACGCGAACGCAGCGGCCUCGCCGACUUCGAUCUCGGAUCUCUCCAAUUAUCUUGUCAUCGUCCAACUCUGCCGCUCUUCCGCUCAAGAAACCCGGCCGGACAAUUAGUACAGCGUUGUCUGUGGAUUCCAGUUCCUGCUCUCACCAGGUCGGUUACGAAGUCUCGUGCGGCCGGACUGGCAGAGGCGGUGCUGAUUCUGCUGCCGGCGUGGAUGCUGAAUUGAAUCGGAAUAAGAGGAAAUUCGUCGAGAGUGGAGAUCCGGAAGAGAGGCCUGGACCUGAGCUAGCUGCGGGGAGGAUCAUCACGAGAUAUCACCGCAAGCGGAGGCAAGGUCCGACGUCGACGGCCGAGAAUGCAGUGACGGAGGUGAGCGAGCUGUCUUGUGCGGCUUCGAAUUCUGAGAUUGGCGGUGCUGUCUCGGUAGAGACAGCUCGGGAAUGUAAGAACGAAGCUGGUGAUUCAAAGUCGAUUUCCGAGUCGGACGUUUCAAUCGAUGUGCGAAAUCUGAGAAGCAGUAGUUGCAGAGAGUCCAUGAAAUUCUGCGCGGAGAUGAGAGAGAACGAGGAUGGCGUUUCCGAAGCUCAUGAGUCGUGCAUGACGCAUAAAUCUGGAGUCGGAGCCGCGGAGCGCUCUGAUGUGUUCAAAUACGAAGCUGAUGCGGUCUCUGUCGACGAGUCGGCGGUGGUUGAUCAGAGGCCAAACAGCUUGGCGUCGCUCGAAGAGGAACUCGCUUGUUUGGAGCAAUUCUCUUGUGAUGAAGUCACAUCGGAUUUCUCGUCCGGUCACGACACAGCAUUCUCUGAGCUUCAGUCCGAUGCCUUCCUGGAUAGCUUCUCAGAGCUAGAUUUCUCCUCCGAUUACACGCCGUCCAUCUUCUUGGAUACCGGAAGCCAAUUCUCUCAGAAAUCAGAUAGCGAGUCUUCUCCUUCGCCUACUUACUGCUGCCUUCUCGAGUUUAGGCAGCAAUUCUGCCGGUCAACUGCUCCUCUGCACACCAGAACAUCUGCUCCCUUUGCAACAGAGUGCCUGAACGAGUCCAGCUAUGCAAGAUUCAAAGAUGGGGACGAUGAGCAGAGUUACAAGAUGUUGAGGGGAAGAGAGAGCAGGAACCUAAAUCUACAUGACUAUGCUGAAUUCUACCGCUCCACGACGGAGUAUGGCGACCUAAUUUCCCAGCAACGGUUGCGGAUGGUUGAUUGGAUUAUCGAGGAAUCAGCUGCAAAAGAGCUCCAUCACGAGACAACAUUCCUCGGGGUCAGCCUGCUUGACCGGUUCCUUAGCAAAGGGUUUUUUGGUAGUAAAAGGAAUCUCCAAAUUGCUGGAAUAGCAUGUCUUACACUAGCUACCCGGAUUGAAGAAAAUCAGCCAUAUAACAGCGUGAGGCAAAGCAAUUUCCGCGUAGGAAAGCAUGCUUACAGUAGAUGUGAAGUAGUGGGCAUGGAAUGGCUGGUACAAGAAGUCCUCGACUUUGAAUGCUUCUUCCCCACAGUCUACAACUUCUUGUGGUUCUACCUAAAAGCUGCUCGAGCUGAUGCAGAGGUGGAGCAGAGGUCCAAGAAUCUAGCCCUGCUGGCAAUAUCAGACCAGGAGCACCUUGAGUAUUGGCCCUCAACGGUUGCUGCAACACUUGUCAUCCUAGCUUGUCUAGAUACCGGCCAAACUGCCCAUUACAAGGGCGUAAUUAAGCUACAUAACAGAACCAAAGCAAAUGAUCUGCAUACCUGCGUACAGCGACUUUUUAGGCUGCUACAGAGAGUAGACUAUCACAGUGCCACCGGUAAAAAGUAGUUGCAGGCCUUCCCAACUUUAGCUACAAAGAAAGAUGAUUUUUGCAUACCUCAUCAGAUGGCAUUUAAAAACCAGACUGGAAAAGGUGGGAAGCAACAUAAACCAUUUGUUUUUCUGGAUGUUGUCGUUAAGGUAGUAGAGGGUCAAAACUUGAAAAGAAUAGCAUAAUGGACGACGGGUAUUCGGUGUCGUUAUGGGUGUUGUUAUUACUUAUUAGUAGUAAGCAAGCUUUCUUGGCUUCUCUCUAUCUCAGUGUGCGUCUAUCUUGUACAACAAAUUUCACUCUAUUUCAGCCAACCUAGUUUCAGUUCGCUCUUGAUUUGCAUUCAACAAAUCAGAUGAUCGUUG